CGGUAGCUAGUUUCCAAACCAGCUGCAAACCCUAUCAGUGUGUUCAUCUAGUGUGAAGGUGAAGAUGAAGGAGAAGGUGGAGGUGGAGGCAGAGGCAAAGAGAGGCAAAGGCGAAGGGAGGCAUAGGCAAAGGUGGAGCCAGAAGCAGAGACAAAGGUGGAGCCGAAGUCGGAGUCGAAGAUCAAGAUUGGAGGUUAUGAGAGGCGACUUCAAGGGACUGUGUCUUAAACUGUUUUAAACUGGUAUUUUCUUGCUUUACAUGGACUAAAGCAAAGGUAGGGAGGAUAUGUUAGUUUCCAAGGGUGCUGGUGCUAUGGGGUUAGUUUCCUUAAAUUUGAUAUGUUAGAUGGUGUUGAUUUUAUUUUCUUUUCUUUUUUUCCAGAUUUAUCAUUUAUUGAUAUUUUCCCACUCUGAUUUUUCUUUUUUAGCAAAAGCGCAAAUAUAAUGCCUUUGAUUGGAAUGAUGGAUAAAUACUUGGAAGAGCACAUGAUGUAAUUUGGAAUUCACAACUGAAAGUUGAGUGUUUGAAUAAGGAAGUGGGGGAACUUGAAAGAGAUAAAUUUAUUAAUGUUGAGAAAGCUGUUGAGAAGCUAAUGGAUCAUGUAAGGUUUGAAGGGAUGGAUCAAGUUGGAAAGCUGCAAAUGAAUUUCUCAAUUGUGCUUGUGCUUGUAAAUUCACAAUUUAGUUUAUAGCAUUUGGUAGAGUUAUGUUAUGGAUGUUAGAAAAUGCCAUGAAUUUCAAACUCUGGAUUCUUUGUCUUCUUUUGCUAUGUAUGGAUCAUGAACAAUGUAUGUAAUAUUUUCAGCUUUUGAUAAUGAAAAGCAAAUGUAAUU